AUGAAAAAAGUAAAAGCUAAAGUUGUUGUUGCAGGAUCACCAGCAUGUGGAAAAACAAGUUUAUUAUAAAUGUAUACAUCAAACGGAUAAAAUUUUUUAAAGGAUUAUAAUAUGACAUAAGGAGCAGAAGUAUCUUCAAAAAUAGUUACCUUUGAAGAAUAAGAUAAAGAUGUAGAAUUAUUCUUUUUUGAUAUAAGUGGAUAAGAAUGUUAUGUAUCAAUAACAAAAGAAUUAUUAGGAAACUCAGAUUUGUGUGUAUUAGUAUAUGAUUGUACAGAUGUUGAAAGUUUUAAUUCAGUUUCAAAAUGGGCAGAAUAAAUAAAAAAAGCAAAUUAAAAUAAAUUACCUCCAGGAAUUCUCGUUUCAACUAAAAAUGAUAUGAGAGGGGCUAUUACUAUUGAAAUUGGAUAAGGAAAAGAUUUGGCAUAAAAAUUAGGUCUAUAAUACUUUGAAGUUUCUGCAGCAAGAAACAUUGAUAUUGAUUAACCUUUUUAUUUAUUAGCAAAAAAAAUGAUUUGA